AUGAACUGGCUUCACAUACACUUUGACGAAGCCUUCUCCUCCCUCCGAAUUGCUAAUUACAAGUCAUUCACCCGAUUCCACAUCAAAAGUGACGGGGAUCUUGAAGUCUACACUCUUGCAGUUGAUAAGGUCCCGAAAGAGUGGAAGCUAGACCUGAAUGGGAUAGGGAGCCAAGACAGCCACAACAAAUAA